AAUAAGAACAACAACAGCAGACACAUUGUAAACAACCUGCCAUGUGUUUUUUACGCAAUUCGGUGCUUAUCAGGGUCCGCACGACGACAACAAACUAGUCCUGCUAGAGUACGUAAGACCUCGACCACUUAUCUGAUCGGAGAUUUGGAGCGACGGCCGAGCGAUCAGUUACCAACAGUGUACGAUCGAGAAUCAGACGAUCCAGUUGUCUGUUGUUGACGAGAAGCUUGGCAUUGGCGAGACAUCCUGUGACCAUCCACCGACUGCAAGACCCGUAGAGUGCAGAAUGGCCGAACUAAACGCUGAAUUCCGCGGCUAUCGCUCGCCGCUGAGCACUCGCUAUGCUAGCAAGGAGAUGCAGUACCUGUUCAGCGAUCAGCACAAGUUUUCCACCUGGCGCAAGCUAUGGAUCCUGCUGGCGAAGGCGGAAAAGGCGCUGGGAUUGGACAUCAGCGAGGCACAAAUUGCGGAGAUGGAAAAGCACGUCGAAGACAUCGACUUCAAGGCGGCCGCGGCCGAGGAAGCGCUCACCCGGCACGACGUGAUGGCGCACGUGCACGUGUUCGCCAAGCAGUGCCCGCUGGCCGCACCGAUCAUCCAUCUCGGGGCCACUUCCUGCUUCGUGGGCGAUAACACGGAUCUGCUCGUUCUGAAGGACGCGCUGGACCAGCUGCUGCCGAAGCUGGUGGGCGUCAUUAAGCAGCUGGCCCACUUUGCCAUGCAGUAUCGCGAGCUGCCCACGCUGGGCUUCACCCAUCUGCAGCCGGCCCAGCUAACGACGGUCGGCAAACGGUGCUCGCUCUGGAUCCAGGAUCUGCUGAUGGACGAGCGGGCGCUGCGCGCCUGCCGGGAUAAUUUGCGCUUCCGCGGCGUCAAGGGCACGACCGGUACGCAGGCCUCCUUCCUGCAGCUGUUCGCCGGCGACGGUGCGAAGGUGCGCCAGCUCGACCAAACCGUCACGCGGCUGGCCGGGUUCGAGCGGUACUACGCCGUCACCGGCCAGACGUACUCGCGCAAGGUCGAUCUGGAGAUUGUGUCGGCGCUGGCCAGCCUCGGCGCUACCGUGCACAAGAUGUGUUCCGAUUUGCGGCUGCUCGCCUCGCGCAAGGAGCUGGAGGAACCGUUCGAGCAGACGCAGAUCGGCAGCUCCGCCAUGCCGUACAAGCGCAACCCGAUGCGCUCCGAGCGGUGCUGUGCGCUGGCCCGCCAUCUGAUCACGCUGCAGGCGAACGCGGCCAACACGCUGGCGACGCAGUGGCUCGAGCGCACGCUGGACGAUUCCGCGAACCGGCGGUUGACGCUGUCCGAGGCGUUCCUGUCGGCGGACGCUUGCCUGCUGACGCUGCUCAACAUCUCGCAGGGGCUGGUCGUGUACCCGAAGGUGAUCGAGCGCAACAUCGCCCAGGAGCUGCCGUUCAUGUCGACCGAGAACGUCAUCAUGGCGAUGGUGAAGGCGGGCGGUGAUCGGCAGGUGUGCCACGAGAAGAUUCGCGUCCUGUCGCACGAGGCCGGCGCACAGGUGAAGCAGCACGGCAAGGACAACGAUCUGGUGGAGCGUAUCCGGGCCGAUCCGUACUUUGCGCCGAUACUGGGGCAGCUGAGCAGCAUACUCGAUCCGAAAACGUUCACGGGCCGGGCGGCGGAACAGGUGGUUGAGUUUGUGACCGAGGAAGUGAACCCCGUUGUGGCGCUUUAUGCGGACAGGGUCGUUACCAAGUCGGCGCAGCUGAACAUUUGAUGGAAGAGCGGGACGAGGGAACGGUUUCAUGUAGCAAUAAAGAUUUCUUUUGCUCCAAAUUA